AGGAAAUAACAGUUGGCAGCUGGCCAGCAUGGACAUCACGGUGGGCUCUCCCAGGUUCCCCAUGUUUAACCUACAGAAGGGGAAGUCCUACUGCUUCCGGGUGCGCUCCGCCAACAAGUAUGGCGUGAGCGAAUCCUCAGAGCCGAGCCUGCCAAUCUCACUGGGACAACCCCAAGCUGCUCCUGCUCCAGCCACCUCCGUCUUUGCCAUCCGAGACACAGAUUCUGCUGUCCUGCUUCAGUGGCAGGAGCCCUUGGAGAAAGAGGGCAUUCUGGGAAACUACCUGUACUACAGCGAGGCUGGGAAGCAAGAGUGGAGGACGAUCAACAACAAGCCAACCACCCACAUCAAGUACAGUACUGAACCCAUUUAA